GGUAGCACUUGACAGCUGCUGUCAGGACCCUUCGGCCCUCAUCUCCCGCACACAUACACACACACUCACAUCCUUUCUUUCUCUCUCUCUCUCUCUGUAUACCAUCAUCUCUUUUAUACCACCUCAACACCUUUACUAUACUUGACUAUUGUAAUCGCACUUCCCCUGGCAGCAGCCUCCUUUUUGACCAUCCAGCACAUCCAGCGCAUCCAGCACAUCCAAUCACUACCCCGCUUUUUGUACUAGCUCAACAUCACCUGCAGGACACCAUGAGCACACUGGCCACGUUGAUGGAGGGCGCCCAACGCGAGGACCCACGCGCACAGUACCUUCUCGGCAAAUACUUUGAGGAAGGACAGGAGGGAUCCCAGAAGAACCCAGGUCAGGCCCUUCAAUGGUACACCAAGGCCGCUUACAACGGCGAAAACGACGCUCUCUUCCGGGCAGCAUACUGUUACGAACACGGCAUUGGAACGGUUCCCAAUCUCAAGGGUGCAGAAGACUGGUACCUGGCUGCCGCUAACAAGGGCCAUCUCGAAGCACAGUUCCACCUCGCGGAGCUGUACACCCGUGGAGGGCCCGGCGUGACCAAGAACCUGAAGGCGGCCUUUGACUUGUAUUUGAAGGCAGCCUAUGCGAGCCAUACCCCAUCGACCCGACGUGUAGGCGAGUGCUUGAUGCGAGGUGAGGGGUGCCAGGCGACGGCGGAGGGCGCUUCUAUGUGGCUCGAGACCGCGGCUAAGAACGGGGAUGCAAAGUCGACAAUUCGUCUUGCAGAACUCUAUAGCACUGGAGUUGGCUCCGAGUUCCCGGCGGAUGCGGAAAGGGCCUUUGGGUGGUGGAUGACAGCAGCAUCAGCCAAGGAUGGAUCGAUUGAUGUCAUUGACAAGUCGCUGGCACAGUUCAAGGUUGCGGAUGCGCUGCUGAAUGGCAAAGGAACAGAGACCAAUAUCAAGGUCGGGCUGGAGUGGUUGCUGCAAUCGGCGCAGGACGGACAUCCAGAGGCAAUGCAUGUGUAUGCCAGGACACUGAACAACCCCAUUCCAUCGUCUGACAUGAUAAAGGACACCAAUUUGGCGAUGGAAUGGCUCGAGAGGGCAGCGACCGCAGGAUGGCCAGAGUCCCUGUUGAGUCUGGGAAAUGCUCACCAGUACGGCAUGUACGGUAAAGUGGUCGACUACGAGCAGGCGUUUUACUUUUAUGAGAAAGCAGCGGAAAAGGGUAACGGAAAGGCGAUGGCAACGCUCGGCAACAUGUACUCGCAAGGGCAGGGCACAUCAAAAUCAGCCGAGAAGGCAUUCGAAUGGUGGCUCAAGGCAGCACAGCUCGGAGUGCCAGUCGCGCAAAAUGAAAUCGGAUACUGCUACAGAGACGGCUGGGGCACGAAUCAGAACCUCAAGGGCGCCGUCGAGUGGUUCACAGCCGCAGCCAACAAUGGUCAUGCGGACGCGUGCUGUGCGCUGGCAUUGUCAUAUAUUAACGGCCGAGGAGUUCCUGCUAACAUGGAGAUGGCGUUCGAGUGGUUCAAUAAGGGCGCGGAGCUGGGAUCUGGAAAGGCCAUGUACAACCUGGGUAUGAUGUACAAGAAGGGCGACUUUGUGCAAAAGGACGACAAGAAGAAGUUUGCCUGGUAUGAAAACGCCCUCAGGAACAACUACGAGGAAGCGGCGUAUGAUCUCGGCGUGUGCUACCUGAACGGCGAGAGCGGAUCUAAGGACCCAGCCAAGGCUCGCGAGUUAUUUGUCCGGGCCAACAACAAUGCAAACUCUGCAGAGGCCUGUAUCAAUCUCGCUGCGAUGGCUGUGAAUGAACGGAAUGACUGGGCUGAGGCGUUUGAGUGGCAGAUGGCAGCAGCAUCUAAGGGUCAUGCGAUUGGGAUGCGGCGAGUGGCAAUCAUGUACAAGGAAGGCAAGGGUGUUGGGGUCAAUCCCAAGGAGGCAUUCUCGUGGUUCCUGCGGGCAGCACAGGCAGGUGAUGUGCCGUCGAUGGGCCAUCUAGCCAACUGCUACAAGACAGGAUUCGGCACGGAAAAGCACCCUGAGAAUGCAACGUCGUGGGAGAUCAAGGCAAUGCAGGGCCAGGUGGUUGCACAGGGCGUCAACUUCAAGUAGCCGGCGUAUCCAUAUUACAAUCCAGAAAGACACUAUAAGCUACAGUACAGGAAUUAAAAUAACCCCUAAUUCACAUACACCAUCGCACCGUUCAAGAGCCCAGGAUGCAUGAAGCAAGCAAUCACACUUUUCACUCCUUCGUCUCGUAUUUGGCACUUCGCGCUCUGCGAUAACCUUAAAUGUUUUACUCCACGUUCCUCGUCUCAGAAAAAAUUAACCUGACUUGGGGAUGCGUUCGAACGUCUUUGUGGAGGGGACCAACCAGUGACUCGAGAAGUAAGGUCCUCUAAUAGGAGCAAUAAAACUAAGCAAGCUGCAGCAGAGCACGUCCAGGGCAGCGGAUAAGGC